GGGGUGGGGGUUGGGGAGGGGGGAGGGGGGAGGAAUUCUACAGUGCGCUCGAACCGACUGACAUAUCGUCCAGAUGUCACGGUAGAACUUCGAAAUUACUGCAUGAGCUGAGGUGGUAGCACUCUUGGGCAAUUUGUCGAUUCUCAAUCAAGCAUGCAGGAGGGGGGAGCCUGCCAUGUAUAUUUCCAGGAGAUUGGUUCCGAUCUCGUCAUGAUUGAGCUCUGAAUCUGCGCUGGCUGGCGAGCUAUUGUCUUUAAAAAAUCUCCAUCGAAUUCCAGAGAGCAAGACGACAUUCUCAGGUUGAGAGCACAUAAGCUCAUCUCAACCGCAACACUGUUCUACAGCUCUUCUGUCAGCCUCAUCAUACUGGCACUGAAUUAUGGGCACUGCUGGCAUGAGGUAACCAUCGACACCUGCAAGUCAACAUCCUCCCAGAUUCACAUCACACCCCACAGGGUGAAACAAAUGGUUUCAGCCACAGCGAAAAAGUUAAACCCCUCCCAGCUCCAUAGCAUGCCAUGGCUGUGGCAUGCCAUGCCCCAACCCAACCCAACCCAACCCGUUCUGGAAAAAACAGAUCAGACCAUGUCCAUGUCCAUGGAGCCGAACGCCCAGACCAUCUCGAGACAGCUCAACUGCCUGCCUCGUCUUCCUGCCAAGACAGAGUAGAGAGAAGACAGGGAGUACGACGUACGUAUUCUCUGAGGUUCAUUGUAGAGACUUGUACUUAGUCCAGUGCCGAUCUCUCGAUUCAAGCGCCGAUGUUUCUGUGAGCAUUGUGCGCAUGAUCUCAUCUGUCGGAUCGGCCCUGUGAGCUACAGCAGUAGUAGGAUCAGUAGCAGCAGCAGCAGCAGCAGCAAGUCGUUGAACGAACAAGCUGCUGAAUCGACAGGCAGGGCUCAGGGAUUCAGGAGGUACAGGGCAGCAGAGUAUUGUGAACGGUAUUACAAACUUCAAAUGUACGUCAUUGAAGGGCACGGAAAUCCAAUCUCUCGGGCCAAGUGCCGAUAUUUUCCAAGCCUUCGAGUGGGGAUUGGACUACUCUCUGGUGGCUCUCUCUCACCCCCACUCUUCGGGUGAGAUUCAGGGCCUCCCUGCCUCCCUCCUUGCCUCCCUUCACUCCAGGAAAUAAAGUAUUCCACCUCUACAGGGACAAGAUCCAUCCAUGCCUUUGAAAGGUGAUCUUGAUCACUGCUGCAGAAGAAGAUCAAUCGUUGGUGCCUUGUACCAAAGGUGGACUUUUCCGAGUACGUACGUACUUACUGACUGACUGCUACUGAGAGAAAGCUCUUCAUGGAAGCCGAGCACUGUUGCAAUCUCGCUGAUCUAUCUUAUGUACAAGUCCAAUGAUGAUGAUGCAGGUUAAGGCAGUAUUUAACGCUCGAAGCCCUGUCUUAACCGACCACAUUCGUCGAUGAAUUUGCAGCGACUCUUUUAAUCUCAGACUUGGUGACCGAUCAUAGAUUCUUACGACACCGAAAAGCGGAUCAGAUCACCUUACAAACUGAACCCAAUCGAGUAGUUCCCACAAUGCUCGCCUCCAUCUACGGAUCACAUUCCUUCCUCCGUCCGCCCCUUCCUUCAAUUCGUCUUAAAAGUGUCGAGGCAAGCUUUUCGUCGGUGUAAAUGUUCGUUGUGAGGAGAUACUUUAGACCAUUAAGAUCAUAUGAUAGCACCUCGGACCAUUAGAAUGCGGGACACCGAAUUCCAUUUCAAAUUUCAUGUGCUCCACUGAGAAAUCUUGACGGACACUCUACCUUUUCUUCUGUUGCAUUAACUUGCGGCCAUAAACAAUAGGCAGAAACAUGGAGUCCCGAGUCAAUAAGUUUGUCGACUGUAAUCACCGAAAGAAUAAAAGCACGGGCCUCUAUCUAACUGCCUCCUCUCCUGUUCCGGGGAUUUUGGCGGUUUCUUAUGCUGCUGAACAGUGCGAUCUAUCCUCUGAUGAUGCAGAGUCCGUCCACGAUCCACGCCACUUGGGUCCACUGCAAGGUCUCAGCAUACCAGAGCAGUAAAGUGCUCGAGUGUCUUCCUCUGCUUUACCUGACGAGUCAUUUCACUCGUCAUCUCCCGGUCCCUGCGCAUCUCAUCUCAUUUGAACACACAAUCACCUCCUUACGCAUUGCAUCUUGCUUUCCUCGGGGUUAACGAAGAGGGAGGGAGGUAAGUGAGGCAAGGGAGUCGGUUGGUGGGACAUGGAAUAAUCUCUUGAUUACAUCAGCACGGAGGGAGCUGCAGUAGCUCACAUCGAAUCGUUCUGAGCUCGGAACGGGUUUUCAGAGCACAUUAAAGCGUUGCGGUGUUUCCUGCUUUAAGCUGAUGAGGCAUUCGGAUCGCGUGCGCUUCCUGCCCGCCCACACGACUCGAGCGCAGAGGAUUGUUCCUAUUCCCUCUCUUGUUGAGGUAAGUUAAUGAAUGUGGAGCAGGUUAGUCACUGGAGUGUUGAUGGAGUGAGCAUGGAGUAAUCGCUUUGACUACAGGAGUCUGGGACUUCCUCCCGGGGCAGCUGAAUCCCCCAGGACUCGUUGACCCCAGGGCUGAAGAGUACUACGGCAAAGCGUUGCCAUGUCCUCUGCUGCUUCUAAGUGGACGAGGUCUUUCCAUGACUGACUGUCCUUGCCAUCUCAGCAGACGAACAGGUCCAACCGGAAGCCAUCUCUUCCCCGUCCCCUUCCUUCGUCCCCUCCUUCCCUCCCUCCCUCAUGAACAGAGGAAUCACUUGAAUACAGAGUUCUGCUGCAGCCUGAUUCUUCCGAGAUUCUGGACUCAGAUUCCAGGGGUUCAGAGUACAGUACAGUAGAGUGUUUCUACAUCUGCAUCUAGAGGCGAUAAAUUAUUGCGUCUUGUCGUAAAGUGCUCGAAGGGAGGGAGAGGAGGAGGAGGAGGAGGAGGCUCACUGUUCAUCCUUUCUUCUUACGACGAGAGAAGCGCUGAGCUGAGCUGAGCUCAGCUCAGCAGAGGAAGGUAUCGCAUCGGUAAUGGGGAUGAGAGAUGAGAGAGCUGAGAAGGAAUUGAUCGAUCGAUCAAUCAUUCACUCGCCUCCAUUGCAACAGUGAUCUGCAGCAUGACUGCUCGGAUUUUUUCAGAUGCUCCGUACUGCAGUUACCGCGAGGCAUGCAGAAAGGCACUGAUAUCCACUGAUAAAAUGAAACGUCGCUGAAAAGAGCCCGAUGAGGCGAGCACCAGACUCGGCAACCAGAAGACUCCAGUGAGUACGUUGUAGAACCUGAGGAAGGAGCCAUCUCUCUGUGGAAAGAAAUAUCCCGAAAGCUAGCCAUGGCGUGCCUAGGGACACGAGAUGCGAGGGAUAGGAAAAGAAAAGAUAUAGGAUCCAUAGAAGGAGACGAAAAUUCGGCGACGUAUGAUAUUGGCGAGCAGCGCUAGCAAAGCAAGACCACAAAAGAGAAGGCAAAAGAACCGACCAAAAGGUCUACAACGGGGUCUUGUUGUAGUCUGAACGUACGUUUCGAGAGAAAGAACGCCAUGUCUAGAACAAAUGUCUCUCAUCAGCUGGCCCUGAGACAGUAACAGAAGCCUUGUCAGAUGUCUACUUAUUGUGAUUUAGCCCAUAGCCCACUGGUAAUAAAGGUCAAUAAGCAGCUUUGGCUCAAUUCGGUCCAUGCUUUGGUCCACAUCUAGGACACGACUCACCUUCUACUGUAGUAGAAGAUAGACAUCAGUUCUCACAUUCCAGACCAACAACCCGAUCCAGAUCUUUUGGGUUUCCUACGGCUUCAAUCCUUCUGCAGGACUCGCAACAGUCUACUCAGGCCUUCUCAGUCCAGGUCUCCACAAGUUCCACAUCUGCAGGUGUUGCUGGUUUGUUUCGAUCAGGUUCAUGAUUUUUGUUGUGUGUAAUCUUUUGGUGAAGGGUACUCCAGAGUGAACUUUCACUCCAGAUGGUCAUUUUGGUUUUUAUUAUUAUUAUCAACAUGUGAAACCAGAUAAUGUUGCAGAAAGGCUGGGAAGACCCCAUCACUUCGUACACCGAAGACACGAAACGGGUACGAUGGUGACUAGAAGCGAGUUGUUGAGAUACGGAAACAGAUUUGCACUCUGAGUGCACAAUUGAGGUCGUUACAGACAGAAGUUUCCAAGACAGCACAUAAUAGUGCUCUUUUUACAAAGCAGUCGAGAGAAUAGGAAGGUGGCAGACUUAUGUCUGUAUCUGUAAUGCUUGCGUGAUCAGGACUGAUCUUGCAUCACAGUUUGAGUUGGAUCUGUCAAAUACCACACCGGCACAGUAAGUAAGGUGAUGGUUUUAAACUCUUGCAAACCUAAAUUUGUCCUUCUCCUUGCCUGAAUAAAACGGUUGG